ACCGCUCAGUUGGCAAAGUUUGACGCGCAGACUUUCAUAGCGCAGACGCGUUAGAUAGAAACUAGUAAACUAUGCGGGAUAUUUCUCACUGACUGAACAGAAUUUAUUUGCUCCUCGGCGAUAAGAAGUCCGGCGCCUGUAAGCUCAUGUCUGACCGUGAACGGAGCUAUAUUAACCUCCACCUGCUCAUCAAAGUUUUGUUUUCGGUGUUUGUGGGCGCAUAACUUUGACAAGAAGACAAGCACUUGGAUUUGGGGGUUCUUUGGCACAAGACGGGACAUCGUGUGCUCCAGGAGUCAGGCACCGCGGUUAACAAGUGGCUCUCAUUUGCGGGUGGAGGAGGAGGCUCUGAAAGUUGCUGAAUGGAAAGUUAGUUUUGACCAAAAAGUUUCUCGGUCACGGGAUAUUUGAAGUAAAUCAUAUUUUCAUUUGAGCCACUGGAGGGUUGAAACGACAUUUUCCUGUUAUUUAAAGCGUGUUUUGUAGAGUUUGCUAUCACCAUGAAUGGACCGGUGGUUUUCCAGAUGUGGAUGCUUUUAUUGUUAGGGACUAUGACCGAUGUCUCGAGGGCUCAGGUCUCCACCGCCAAAGUGAUGAGGGGCAACGUCAGGAGAGACGACAGCAAUCGCCUCACCACAGACUUAUACCGCAAAGAGGAAAACAUCACAAUAACGCCGGUGGGUGGAGUCAUCCAAAGCCCACGCUACCCCAACGCUUACCCCCGCAAUCUGCUGUUGUCAUGGAAACUGCUGUCACCACCAGCGAGCCGCAUACACCUGGAGUUUGACGGACACUUCGGCCUGGAGGAGGCUGAUAAUGGAGUAUGCAGGUAUGACUUUGUUGAAGUGGAAGACCAAUCAGAGACCAGCACUAUAAUUUGGGGUCGCUGGUGUGGGCAGAAGGCACCACCUAGUCUCAACUCCAAAACCACCACUCUCAGAGUCACCUUCAAGUCUGAUGAUUACUUUGUUGCAAAGCCGGGAUUCAAAAUGUACUACUCGCUGCUGUAUGACUCUUCUCUGCCUGCAUCCAACACCAACUGGGAGGCUGUCACUAUGCUCAUGUCGGACAGUGGUGGACAACAGAUGCCAGCAGCAGUCACAGAGGUUCCUUUCUCAUUGGACGAUUUGGACCGGACCAUAGCUGCCUUUGACACUGUAGAGCAGCUUCUCAGAUCCCUGAGCCCAGACACCUGGCGACAGGACCUGGACAGCAUCUACACUCAAACACACAUACAUUAUAGAUCCAGGGCCUAUCAUCUGGCAAGCAGACAUAAUAAAGUUGAUCUAAACCGCCUCUUUGAUGAUGUCAAGCGAUACAGCUGUACUCCUCGCAACUACUCUGUAAACCUGCGUGAGGAGCUCAGAGCCACCAACGCCGUCUUCUUCCCUCGAUGUCUGCUGGUCAAACGCUGCGGAGGCAACUGUGGCUGUGGAACUGACAACUGGAACAGCGGCUGCACCUGUCAGGCCUCCAAGACGACACUCAAACUACAUGAGGUGCUGAAGUACUCCCCAGAGGUCACUCUGCAUCAGAGCCAGCGGAGGCCGCGGGUGCGCUGGAUCAUAGACGAGAUCUUCCUCACACACCAUGAAAAGUGUGAGUGUGCGUGUCCCUCCCAGCCCCCUCGCUGAGACACUCAGACUGGCACGUGCAUCUGGAACUGUUGGACGAGUUCUUCUUUUAUCUCUUUUGCAACGGACUUCAUACAAUAACAGCAACACACAUGCAGCAAAGAAGAAGGCAGCAAUUUGACUGACAGCUUGCAUCGUACACAUUGACAUUUGUUCUUGCAAGUAAAACACCUAACUUCCUCUGUAAACAGGCCAAACUUGUAAAUGCAUUAAUGUUUCUAGCCAAACACAAUUGAUCUUUAACUUCCCUGCAACUUGGUGUCUAAAUCUUGCCUGUAUAGACCCCAUUUAAACAUAAUGUGCACUGUAAAGUGUUCAAAUAACAGUGGAUUGUCUCCAAAGGAAUUCACUGCAAAUUAAAUCCGUUUUUUUCCACCAAAAACUAAAUAAUGAAACACAUUUGGAAUAUAGAAAAAUACCACAUUAUGUAGAAAUAACAUCCAUAUUGUAUCUAUUGUAUUCUAACCAUAUUGUAACUUACAUUUACACAAUGAUCAAAGGAGUUCAAUGGAUACCAACUUGAUUGAAUCGAAAUUGACUCCAACCACUGUGUAAACUGUUUUUGUAUUCCUAUUUCAUGAGCAUGUAUCUUCGUGUUAUAAUGAGACUUCAGGCACUUCUUCUGCCAGGAAUAUGCUGGGUUGAGGGAGCGUGAGACAGACAGAGGGAGGGAGAAGGGUUGGAGGAAGUGUAGGCCAAAAUAACACUUUAUCUUGAUGUGAAAUUAGGCUAACCACAACCCUCCAGAUCUGAAUUGCACAUUAACACACACACACACAUUCACUCUAGGCUUCCACUCCUACCUAAAGAUAAAAACGGUAGUUAUUUAUACUGAAUUUUUCACUUCUCUGUUUUUCAGUGCAGCCCUCCUUUCUUUUGCACACAUUCCUGCAUAUAUUCCCUUUGUCUGUCCUUCCAUCCAUACACUUUCCACUCCUUUUCUUUCUCUCUCUCUAAUGCACGCACAUCCUCUCUCCCUCCAUCAGUCAUUCUCCAACACAUCAAAGGAGAUGUCAGAUGAGGCCGUCGCGGUCUGCCCAGUUUUCUGAGCGUUCCUGGCAUUCCAACUGCUAACCGGAAUUCUGCUAACACGGAUAAAACUGUGAUCCUUAGACCCCAAACACAUAAGAGGAAAGAUGGAGAGACACUCAGGAAGAGCAACUGGGAGUUUUUUUCAGGAAAGGCUACAGACAGAAAAGGGACAAUCAAGCAAGCCACCUAUUUGUAGAUUACCAGCUCUCCUGGAUGAGAGCUGAGGGGAGCUACUUCCAAGAUACAGUACAUAAAAGAUUGCAGCUACUUCAGCGAGUUCAAUCAGCAUGUUCAUGUUUUUCUUUUUUUUUUUUGUCACGCUGCUUAUGAAGAUGCUCAUAUGUAUCACUAUCUGACCCACUUCUUUGCACAUCUGCAGCAGCACCACAGUGAAAAAGAGAUCUGUGGGAAUUGGAGUAAUGUUCUUGGUCUGAAAAUACAACUGAUACUUGAGUGAGUGUGUGUAUGCGUGUGUAUGUGUGUGCAGUCUGCCUGUAACAGCUCAGGAAGAGGUCCUUUUGUUUAAGAGGUGGAGGGUUACCAACAGUCUGUGAGAGCUGGCAGCAGGUACAAGCAUGUGAAUGGUCGGCAUGUGACUAUGCGUGCAAGUGUGUGUGUGUGUGUGUGUGUGUAAGUAACUAGAGUAUCAAAGCAACACAGUGAGAAUUCAAACUAACUGCUUAUCAUUUCCAUACACAUGACCCAGCUGUGAGAAAUAAAAGACACUGUCAUCUGUCAUCCCUCCAUCAUAUCCCAUGUGUCCCACCAUCACACUCCAAGAACCCCCGACAGGCUGGAUUUACGCCGAGAAAAUGGGAUUUUACACACUACUUUUGUUCUAAAGACAGGCAAAAAAAGAAUAACUGGACACUGAGACGAUUUCCUCGGUCACAGUGAAACCCGAUCAACUGUGUGCCGGCAGUGCUUUUAUGUGCAUGUGUGUACUGCAAGUCAAUGGUGUUAUCUGGCAGCUGUCAGAUACAAAACACUAAAUAUUCCAAAGUAGUGUCUGGUUGUGCCGCAGUGACAUACCAACUGAUUUCAUCCCAGACACCCUCCACACACGCACGCAUGCACAGUUGUUCUUGGCUAUAGUUCAUCUAAAACAGCCUCACUUUACUUUAAAGCUUUUGUCUUCCGUUAUCUUGCAAAAGUUAGCUUUCAUUCUUGUGUGUUGCAUUUUGAAACACAAAGAUAUCCAUAAAACUCAUAACGAGUUGGUGAUUCGUUCAAAUUUCACAGAGGAUGGUUAUCAGGUUAAUUACCCAGUUAUAUCUUCCGUAGCUAAUGAGCCAGAUGGUGAUUAGGUAACGUCUCAUUUUCCAAGAUGCUUUGCUGCAAAAUGUAGUUACUGUACCAACGACUAUGUUUGAGCUUUUAUGAUAUUGCAAAUUUAUGUGUGGGGUGUCUGUGCGUGUGUGUGAGUGUGUGUGUGCAUCCUGUGUCUGCCAGUUUUCUGACGUUAUCAGCACAUUCCAGUGUUGCGUGCCCCAAAGUUGACAUUCCUCUUUUUCCUCAUAACCGUUUGUGUUCACUUCCAGUUCUUUUCAAUAGAAAUCACAUGUAUUUCAACGGCAGACAUUUAAACCUGCUUGUGCAAAUGUUUUGGUUUAUUUACGUUAACUAUGAGCAUCAAAAGGUAAGAUUUGGCCCAGAGUUUCAGCUUAGUUUCUGAGGAUUGUGGGGGAUUGUACGGUCAUAUUUUCAACUCAGAGAAAAGUUGUUGAUGUUAGUUUUAGCAAAAAAAGAAAACAGUCAACCUGCUUUGCUGUAUUUGGAAAAACCUUCAUGACAAAACUGUAUGCUUUACUUAAAUAAUUUAUUGUGUUUUUCCUUUAUUGUUUUAUUAAAAAUAUCAGCUGGU